GGUGUUGAUGAUCCUUCUAUUUACAAGGGCAAAGAUAUUUUGAUUGUCGAAGACAUCGUUGACUCUGGAAAUACCAUGAACAGACUUCAUGCUUACUUGAACACUCUUGAGGCUAAAUCUGUCACUGAUGUCUGUCUUCUCGUCAAGAGGACUCCUCGUAGCUCUGGGUAUCGACCCUGCUUUGCUGGAUUCGAAAUUCCAGAUGACUUUGUUGUUGGCUACGCUCUUGACUACAACGAAUACUUUAGGGACCUCCACCACAUUUGCGUCCUCAACAAGGCUGGAUUGGAAUGUUUUGCAGUGCCCGAAGGAAGUGACAAUCACGCGCAGGAGGCUAAAGCCUUCUAA